UGGUGGCGUCCGGUGAUCGGAAGGAGGACAGGCCGCCAUGUUCCGUCAUGGCCUCUGAGCUUUGCGGUGCUUCUCGCCCCGGGAUAAAUUGUAGAUUUUGGACGCAACUCCAACCGCACGAAACGAGGUGGGCAUGUGCACGAUGGAGCAGGGUCAUGGAUCUCUACGGCCCACUUGGUCUAGGUUCGUUUCCUAUGAGCAACCGCGUUUUUCUGAUACGCCCGCCAUUUCGAGAGGAUGGGUAAAGGAACGGAGGGAGGGUCCCGGCGGAAGCAGAUGCAGUGAUCGGCAUGAGUGGGUAAGUGUGGGACUAGGAGCUGAGAGACCUGUCAUGGUCCUGCGCCCUCAAAAUUGGCGCUGUGGUCGUCGUUUAGCUAACAAGCGGUAUGUGAGGCUCCUCGCACUUCUGGAAAUCUCAGGGCCCAUGGACGCCGAUAGCUACAGAGAGCAGAGUGCGGACCACCACGAUGAGUCUAUCCCCGCUCCUCCAGUGACAUCACAAUCCUGCCCCUCGCGAUCAAUUGCUGGCAUGCGCUAUGUAUCAGCUAGUGAGCGUCUUUCAUCCGCGACGACGUGGAACUCUUCUCGAAGUCGCUGUACACGUUCGAGACUAGGAUAAGCUGGGAAUAACGCCUCGAGGCUGGUGUUCCCCUAGAUCAUGCCUUGGUAAGCCGAAGCGCCAUAAGGCCUUGAUUCUUGGAGACGAGGGGUGAGAGAUCGUCGGCGAAACCUCCGAGGACAAACCGUUACGAAGAAUCCCGGGGUGCUGCUCCAGGACGAACGCACACGGUGUUGCACAU